AUGGCAACGACUGUGAAAAGGAUAAGGCAUAAGGCACAAAACAUAGCGUUAAAGGAUAAGAAAAUCUUCUCUCUUGGCAGUGUUUUAACUCUCUCAGCAGUGGCCAGUUUGGCAGCAGCUAAUCCUCGAUUUGCUCGUGAUGUCUCCGAAUUGGCAGACAUUUCUGCUCCAGUUGACUAUUUGCCACCUGUAACGGAAUAUUUGGCUCCCGCUGAGUUGGCUGAUGCCACCGAGACUUCUCCCUUGGGCGAUGAUGGCUAUGAAUAUCGUACUGUGCGUCGCCUCAAGCUACGUCACCGACGUGAUGUCUCCCAUUUGGCUGGCCCAGCACGGCAAUAUUUGCCACCCAGUAAUCUCUAUUUGCCGCCACUGCCAACUGUAGCUUCAACUGUAGCUCCAGCACCGGCUCUGGCUCCGGCUCCGGUCGAUGAUACCGAAGAAGUUAUCUCGGCUGCUGAACCCAAGGUGAAUCGUGAAUAUUUGCCACCAUCGACCGAAGCGCCAGUGGAAGUGGAAACCGAGGCUGCUCCAGAUGCCCCCACCGAAGUGCCUGAGGUUCAUUCGGCUCAAUUGCUUGACGAUGGCUAUCAUUACAAGCAGCCAAAUGAACAGCCCGCCGAGUUGCGUGAGGCAGCACCUCGCGAGUAUUUGCCACCUGUGGCAGCUGAAGAUGAAGUUCCUCCUGUAGAGGAGGAAGAGGUGGUCGUUGUGGAGGGUCCUUCGAAUGGCGAAUCGGCCGUACUCACCAAGGAUGGCUAUCAAUAUCGUCGCGUUGUUAGACGUUUCAGAUUUUAA